UCUCUCUCUCGCCAUUCAUUCACCAUUCCACGCAUCGCAUCCCUAAUCCUUUCUCCUCGCCUCUCUUCCGUUCUAUGUAUAUUCCCUCUUGCUACUCCCUCCUCUACUGCUCCGGCUAACCCAGCGCCCUCUCCCGUCCCUCUCCGACCUCCAGUAUCGUCGCUGCCACGGCCAACCAGGCGCCGUCGAGCCUCGUCUGCGAUACGUGCGCAUUAUAUACAGUCCCCCGGUUGAACGUCCUCUCUCCCAUCUCUGCUCGGUCUGGUGGUAUCAUCCAAGCGGCCUACCGCUCUCGCGAGUGGGGCUGGGGAGAAGCAGAGGAAACAUGAGCUUUGCCUCGUGUGCGUGGCCGGUAUGGCGGAUUGACGACUUCACCACCUGCUUCCAAUCCGACUACCUCCAGAUUCUCUUCCCGCUUAUUCUCGUCGCCUCGUCCCUCCUGCACCUUUCACUGCAUGCUAUCUACCGUAAUGUUCGUUCGAGGUGGCCCGAUACCUACCAUCGCGUUCCCGAUAAUAGUAAUCGAAAUCACACCGAAAUCCCCCCCGAGGACGACGAUUCCUUAAGCACCGAUGACGACGAAGCGCUAUCCAUCCACGCGAGCGGCGUCGGCCGCCUUGCUCUGGUCAAGACCACAUCCAGGGGUUCCGUCGUCCAGGCCGACAGCCCGGCCGGUCAGGACCUGUCCGUGAUCGUCGAGGAAGUCGCCGUUUGCGGAUUGGUAGCUAUCAAUAUCGUCGCCCUUGCCACCAGUGCCUUUGCCGGCCGCGGACAGUUAGCUGCCGUCGCCGGCCUAGUUGCCUGGGUGUACACCCUUGUUCUUGUGACGCUCCGGCUGUUUUUAGGGAACACGAAAUGGAGACUUCCGCAGCUAUGGGAUCAUACUGCCUUCAUAUACGGGUUCCAAUGGCUCUUCACCGUUGCCAUAUUUCGCUCCGUUCUCGUCCAUACUAAACCCAAGACGACACAGAUCCUAGUCGUUGCCGAGUUCUGUUUGAUGACGCUUUUGUUGGGGAUAGCCUUGAAUACUAGAAAGGGCAACAAGACGGUUGUCAUGGAAUGGGAAGGGGAUAUCGAGCCGUCGCGUGAGCCUCUGGCUUCGGUUCUCUCCUUGCUGACCUUCUCCUGGAUCGACCCCAUGCUCUGGCAGGGCUACAAGGAGCCUCUGGAGAUGAAGAACGUGUGGAACCUGUUACCGCGUGACAAGGCCGCCAUAAUCCUUGCCAACUAUCGCCAAGUUAAGAAGACGACAUCUCUCGCUCUGCAUCUGACCAAGUACUUUCAAGCUCUGCUCGUCAUCCAGUGCGCCUGGGCUAUACUGAGCGGCGCUCUGACCUUCGCUCCGACACUUCUCCUGAAGGCGAUCCUCGAGUACGUGGAAAAGCCGACGGCUUCUCCCAGAAGCGUGCUGUGGCUCUACGUCAUCCUCCUUCCUUUGUCCGAUAUUAUCCGGUCCAUCGCCGACGGCCAGGCCCUAUGGAUCGGCCGGAAGAUUUGCAUCCGAAUUCGCGCCAUCAUCAUCGGGGAGAUAUAUGCCAAAGCUCUGCGACGCAAAGCCGCGAGCGGGCAAGACGCCGUUCUCGGGAACACGGAAUCCGCGAAGCUGACGAGGCUAGAUAAGCUGAAAAUACUCCUGAGGCUCAAGAAGCGACCGGACAAGAAACCUGAUGCCGCGAAUGGGGACGUUGCUAAGGAGGAUGUGUCCGGGAACGCGGACGAGCAAGCAAACUUGGGGACCAUCAUUAACCUCAUGUCGGUCGACAGCUUCAAGAUAUCCGAGUGCACAUCCUACCUGCACUUUCUGCUAGCAUCGGCACCUUCGCAGCUCGUCGUAUCUAUUUUCCUGCUCUACCGCGUCAUGGGCCUAAGCGCCAUCCCCGGCCUCAUCGUCAUGGUUUUGCUCCUACCCAUCAAUAUCGCCCUGGCCAAGGGCUUCAACUACACCCAACGCAGGAUCAUGGCUGCCACAGACAAGCGUAUACACACCACCAACGAAAUCCUGCAGAAUAUUCGGAUUAUCAAGUAUUUCGCGUGGGAGAAGCGCUUCAGCGAUAUUGUCGAUGGGAAACGAAGGGCGGAGCUGAAGGCUCUGAGAACUCGGUACAUGAUCUGGGCACUCGCUGUUGCUAUGUGGAAUACGGUGCCAGUUCUGAUUACUUUUUUCUCCUUCCUAGUCUACACUAAGGUUGAACAGAAGCCGCUCUAUCCGUCCGUCGCGUUUACUGCCAUCUCCCUCUUUAUGCUUCUAAGAGUGCCUCUGGAUCAGCUAGGAGAUAUGAUAGCCCAUGUUCAAGAAGCCAAGGUAUCGGUCGAUCGUGUCGAGGAGUUCCUUACUGAGGAAGAGACGGAGAAAUACGAACAGCUAGGAUCAGACAACGUAGAUGCGAACGGCGAGAGGCUGAUCGGGUUCAGAGACGCCUCCUUCAUCUGGGGUGGUAAAGACGCGGUCGCGGCCGAUGGCUCGACGGCGUUCCGUUUGCUGGAUAUCGAUGUCGAUUUCAAGAUCGGCGGUCUCAACAUAAUCGCCGGGCCGACAGGCGCCGGAAAGACUUCGAUGCUCAUGGCCUUGCUCGGCGAGAUGACCAAGACUAAAGGCGAUGUCUACCUGCCUGGCGGUCGCAGUCGCGAAGACGUUCGCGUGGAUCCCGCAACGGGCCUAGCCGAAACUUGCGCCUACGUUGCUCAGACUGCCUGGCUAGUAAACGCAACGAUCAAGGAGAACAUCUUGUUCGCGGCACCCUACGAUGAGAAGAGAUACAAGGACGUGCUGGUGGCCUGCGCUUUGGAACGCGACCUUGAAAUCCUGGAUAACGGAGACGAGACUUUGGUGGGAGAAAACGGCAUCACGCUGUCCGGCGGCCAGAAGCAGCGCAUCUCUCUGGCCCGCGCCGUGUACUCGAACUCUCGGCACAUCCUGCUAGACGACUGCCUCAGCGCUGUCGAUUCUCACACGGCCCAGUGGAUCUUCAGCAACUGCAUUAGGGGCGGCCUGAUGAAAGGUCGGACCUGCAUCCUAGUCACACACAACACGACGCUAUGCGCCCCCUCGUCCGACUACAUUGUUCUCCUAGACAAUGGUAGGGUUGAUAUAAAGGGAACUGCGGAGCAGGUGAUCGCAUCUGGUAAGCUCGGCGAAGAAAUUCGGUCAAAAUCGCAACCCGGCUCCUCCGAAGUCUCGCGAGCCCCCUCUCGAGUCCCUUCGAGCGUCGGUGACGAAAGCGAUCAGACCCUGAUCGACCACAACGGACGCGGAGCGGUGAAGACGACCUCGAAUGCUAAGCAGGAGAAGCCGCAGCGGAACACUCUGGAAGAAACGAAAGCUACGGGCGCCGUCAAGUGGCGGGUUAUCGGUCUGUACCUUCGAGCUAUGGGCUCUUGGUGGUUCUGGGCCGUCGCCGUCGUAGUAUUUAGCAGCCAGCAGCUCAGCGGAGUCGCUUCAAACUUGUGGAUCAGGGAAUGGGCAAACCAGUACACCUCGGGUCCCGAAAGCACUCCCAGCAUGCUGUUCAGCCUCUCUUCUCAGCACUCUACCAGCUCUUCGGUUUCGUCGUACGCGUUCGCCUCCAUCGCCGGCUACACCAAGAGCUUAUCCUCUUUCAUCACACCGGCAAGCUACUCGAGCACGGAUGUCCCGGAAGUCAACGCUGAUUAUUACCUCGCCAUCCUCGCAUUAAUAGGAGUUUCGGGCGCAGGCUUGGCUUUGGCCCGCGACCUGUGGUUGUUUUUCGGGUCGCUUACCGCGUCCUGGAAGCUUCAUACCCAGCUCAUGUCUGCUGUGUCGAGGGCGAAGUUCAAGUUCUUCGACGUAACUCCGCUCGGUCAGCUGAUGAACCGAUUCAGCAAAGAUCUCGAGGCUAUCGACCAGGAGGUUGCACCUGUCGCCAUCGGCGUCAUGACCUGCGCUGUGGGCAUCAUGAUCACCGUGGCGCUAAUAGCGGCCAUGACGCCCGGGUUCCUGGUUGCCGGCGUCUUCAUCACCGGCCUCUAUUUUGUGGUCGGGGUGUUCUACCUUCGAGCGUCUAGAGACCUCAAGCGGCUCGAGUCGGUGAAUCGGAGCCCGCUCUUCCAACAGUUUGGCGAGACCCUGUCGGGCGUCACCACUAUCCGCGCGUAUGGUGACCAGCGGCGGUUUAUCCGGGAGAACCUCGCCAAGAUCAACACCCAGUCCCGGCCGUUUCUCUUCCUCUGGGCAGCUAACAGAUGGCUAGCGUUUAGAACGGAUCUCCUAGGAGACUUCGUGUCGUUCUUCGCUGGCGUGUUCGUGAUCCUCAACCUGGGAAAGAUAGAUGCCGGCUCCGCAGGCAUAUCUUUGAGUUACGCCAUCGGGUUUUCCGAAAACAUCUUGUGGCUGGUGAGGUUGUACGCGAUGAACGAGCAGAACAUGAACUCGGUCGAGCGGAUCAAAGAGUACCUCGACGUGGAGCAGGAAGCUGCUGCUAUCAACGAGAAGAACCGUCCGGCCCAUAGCUGGCCUGCGCAUGGCGCAGUCGAGUUUGUUGGAUAUUCCACAAGGUACCGCAAGGAACUGGAUCCUGUCUUGAAGAAUGUAUCCUUCAAGAUCGAACCCCGUGAGAAAGUGGGCAUCGUGGGCCGAACCGGCGCCGGAAAGAGCUCGCUUACACUGGCAAUAUUCCGCGCCCUGGAAGCCGAGAGCGGUAAGAUAUUGAUCGACGACGUCGACAUCGGCACGAUCGGCCUCAAAGACCUCCGAGAAGCCGUCACCAUCGUACCUCAGGACCCGACUCUAUUCACCGGCACGAUCCGAACCAAUCUAGACCCCUUCGAUCUCUAUAGCGACGAAGAGAUUUUUGUCGCCCUGAAGAAAGUCCAGCUCAUCGGUUCGAACGAGGCGCCUCCUCCGGGUUCCCAGGACGGCCUGUCGGCGACCAGCCCCCCGACCCCGACCACAACGAAUAAGAACAUCUUCCUCGACCUCUCCUCGCCGGUUGCGGAGUCCGGCACGAACCUUUCGCAGGGGCAGAGGCAGCUCCUGUGCCUGGCCCGCGCGAUGCUCAAGAACCCCAAGGUGCUGGUGAUGGACGAGGCGACGGCGUCGAUCGACUACGCGACGGACUCCAAGAUCCAGGGGACGAUCCGGGGCCUGAAGAGCACGAUCAUCACGAUCGCGCACCGGCUGGCGACGAUCGCGGACUACGACAAGGUGCUGGUGCUGGACCACGGCGAGGUGGCGGAGUACGGGCACCCGCACGAGCUGCUGAAGAAGGAGGGCGGGAACUUCCGGGGCAUGUGCGAGAUGAGCGGCGACAUGGAGGCGCUGGCCAGGGCGGCCAAGAAGGCGUGGGAGGACAAGAGGCUCGUGGACGACGAGUAGGAGGGAGAAAUCGCGCAACGCGGCUCGGGCUCGGGCUCGGCGGGAGGAGAGUAAGUAAGCAAGCUAAGCGAGAAGGGGGACC